AUGUCAGAAAAUAGUGCAAUGAUAAUUCGAUCGAAUGACGUAUAUGGAGGUCUUAUAAAAAGUAUAUAUGAUUAUUUCCACUGCAAAUCUAUUACAUUAAUUUAUGCAUCCUCUUUACAUUCAACUACUUCUUUAGGAUUAGAGAUGGAGACAAAGUUGAUGACACUGAAUUUAUUUCUUAGCCAAAAGCUUCAUAUUCAGACAACGAUAAUUGAUAUCAGAAAUUUCCCAUUACAAAUCAACAAUAAUAUUGAAGAAAUGACGAAUCCACUCUUUAUUAUUUUAAAUGACUUGGAUGAUAUAAAAUCGCUACUAGCAACAACAAUAUUUACGCCAUCAGCAAGCUUAUCACUACGAGGCACAUGGCUUAUUUUCUUUAAAGACGUCACAGAAGUUAAAACAUUCUGUAGUAAUUUUUCUAUACCUUAUAAUCUUCAAGUACUGAUAACAAUGAAAAAUAUUAAUGAACCUAAAGGUGAAUCAAUAAUAGAAGUUUAUCAUCUUGGGAAUAAAUUGAAAUAUCAACUUUAUGGAUCAUGGAAUAUAGAUACUGGAUUAAUACCACCAAAAUUAUCUUUGUUGCAACGCAGAAGUAAUUUAGAAGGUCUACCACUUCGUGCUGCUAUAUCAACGAUACUAUAUGAACCGAAAAAUUCUAUUUAUUCAGAAAAUCUCAUUUUUCUUGAAAUGAUCCAACCUCUAUCAGAAAUGAUGAAUUUUACUCCAAUCAUGAAAUGGGAACUUUUACUUGGCUAUUGUACAAGUGACACAAAAUGCACUGGUGUCAUGUCUGAACUAGUUAAGAAAAAUAUUGAUAUUUGUUUUUCACCCAUAAUUCUAUCAAGCAAUAGACUCAAGUAUAUCGAUAUGACUAUGAAUUUUUAUUCAAACAAGUUGUUUCUGUAUAUGAAGAAACCUGACCAAAAAUCAAGAUGGAAAGAAUAUCUCAGACCUUUUGAAUUUGACGUUUGGAUUUCUAUAAUUAUUGUAAUGUUGUUAAGUAGUAUUAUUCUUUUUCUUAUGGAAAUGAUAUAUAAUACAGAUGAUGAAUUAAGAUCAUGGGCACGGUUGAACAUAAAGACUCCUAAUUUUCUUAAUUGUAUGUUUAAAGUAUUUGGUAUAAUAUGUGGAAAAGAAACUGGUAAAUCACGGUCGACACCAAUGAGAACAAUUCAAGUAACCAUACAAAUAACUUCAGUUUUAAUUGUAACAUCUUAUUCAGCUAAACUCAUUCAAUCUCUAACCACUGGUAUCAUGGUGACACCUCCUUUUUCUUCUGUAGAUGAUUUUCUGAAUGAUAAAACGUACAGGCUAAGAAUACCUGUGUGGUCUGAUCAUUUGAAUGAUUUUUUAAAUUCUACUGUUAUACAAGAGCAGAAAAUAAUAGCAAAGAUAUUGAAAGAAAAAUCGUUACCAAAAUCUGAAGUGGAAGGGCUAACACAGAUGUGUCAUAUUUAUAAAUGUGGAUUUUUAUCAUAUAGAGGAAUAUUAAAAAGAUAUAAUUUUCCUGAUAACUGUGAAGUAUUAUCUAUUGGAUCUGUAUUGACAGUUCACUAUUCAAUGGGGCUGCAAAAAAGAAGUCCCUUCCGAGAAGUUAUUAAUUAUCAGUUCUAUCGUAUGCACGAAUUUGGAUUUGUACAACGAAUAAUCAAUAAUUUAAAGCCAGAACUAACUAGAACAAGAUUAACAAAUAAAUGGAUACCAGUUCAACUCUCUCACGUCUAUCCUGUCAAUAUUUUUUUUAUUAUUAUGAUAAUUUCAAGUCUUAUUUUAUUGUAUGGAGAAAUAAUGAUUGAUGACAGAAUGAAAAGAACGAACCGAAUAUUAAAAAAAGCUCCACGUCAAUUACGUAAAACUACAUAAAGAUUUUGGACGAACGAAAGCACUGAAUUUUAUCUCGAUUUUCAGAAUCAAUAAAUAUAGUUUUAAACUUUUUUCAAUACAAUAACUUUCGAUGCUAUAAAGAUAAAGAUUGAACACCUUUGUUUGUCACAUAGUUCUAGAAUUGAAAAGUACAAAUAAUCUGAUGUACUUCAAUAUUUUUCACCAAUUGUAGUUAGUUUGCUCAAGCAUUUG